AUGAAGAUAUUAUUUUAUUUUUGUUUAAUUUUAUUUUGUAUUAAAAGUAUAAAUGGUGCAUGUACACAAUAUCAAUGUUUAAAUAGUGGAGAUGGUUGUACUAGAAAAGGUACAUAUUGCCCACCAGGUACAUACUGUGAAAUUACUUUCGAUAAUCCAUUAUGUACAGAAUCAAAGAAAAUUUUUGAUUCUUGUUCAUAUCAAGCUCAAUGUGAUUCAGGUUUAGUUUGUUAUAAUGAAGGUGAUGAUCAAUAUUGUGCAAAUAUUAAAUAUAAAGGACAAGGUGAAAGUUGUAAAAAAGAUAUAGAAUGUUCAGAUUCAAUGAGUUGUACAAAUAAAACAUGUACAUAUAGUGGAACCUCAUGUAAAGCUUAUACAUGUAAAACAGGACAAUUUUGUAAUUCCCAAAAAACAUGUCAAUCAUUUUUUGCCGAUGGUACUCAAUGUACAAAAGAUUUAGAAUGUAAACCAAAUAGUAGAUGUAUAGUUACUUCCAAUGCUAAAAUAUCAAAAUGUACAUCAAUUAAUUCAUUAGGUGCUGGUUUACCUUGUAAUUCCGCUGAUUCAUGUGAUAUUGGUUUAAAUUUAGUUUGUUUCCAAGGUUAUUGUUCAGAAUAUAAAUCAGCAUUUGAUAGUAAUUCAACAUGUAGUGAUAAUACACAAUGUAUAUCAGAUAAAGCGCAAUGUAUUUGUGAUUCAGUUAAAGUUCCAACAGGUCCUGGUACAUGUCAAGAAAUCUAUUCAAUUGGAUCAACUUGUAAAAAAGAUAAAUUAAAUUAUUACAAUUGUAUAGCAGAAUCAAAUUGCCCAUUACAAGUUACAAAUAAAAAUAGUAAUGAAACUUGUAUUUCCAAAAAAUGUGGUGAUCUUAAAUGUAAAUAUGAAGUAUCUUGUGUAAACUCUGAUUAUCAAUGUGGUAAAGGUCCAGUUUGUAGUGAUUCUUCAUUUUUAAAACAUUCUUCAUUAUUAUUUUUAUUAUCAUUAAUUAUUUCAAUGGUAGUAAUAUUAAUUUAA